AUGGCAUCGAAAGUAAUUGGAAAAUGUGAAGAAAAAUUUAUUAUUCGAUGUUUAAGAGAUCGACAAAGACUUGACCAUCGACUUCCAUUUGUGACUCGUGAUAUUAAAAUUGAAUUCCGCGAAGAAUAUGGUUCAGCAGUUGUCUCACUCGGUUUAACGAAAGUAUUGGCACAAACAUGUUGUAAAAUUGUUAAACCAAAAGAAACUCGACCCAAUGAAGGUCGAUUGAGAUUACAAUUAAAAAAUAGUCACAAUAUGGUAUUUAAUUUUGAAACUGGAAGACAAACUCAAUGGACAACACUUAUGAGUAGGCAUUUAUUACAAAAUAUUCGUGAUUCAGGUUGUGUUGAUAUGGAAUCAUUAUGUAUUCUUGCUCAUGAACAUGUUUGGGAAAUUAGUGUCAAUUUACACGUAGUUGACUACGAUGGAAAUAUUCUUGAUUGUGCCAAUUUAGCUGCUUUGUGUGCUCUUGCUCAUUUUCGAUAUCCAGCAGUAACAGUCACGGGAACUGAUGUACAUGUGCAUUCACUUACUGAAAGAAAUCCACAACCAAUUCGUAUUCUUCAUUAUCCAAUAAUGAUCAGUUUUGCUCUAUUCGAAAAUGGUGAAUAUAUGUUAAUUGAUGCAUGCGAAGCUGAAGAAAAAGUAAUGGAAGGUUUAUUUGCUAUUGGCAUGAAUCAGCAUAAAGAAUUAAGCACAUUGGCUAUGUUUGGUGAAAUCUGUCUGACUCGUGAUCAAAUUGAAAAUUGUAUUUCAUUAGCUCAUCAUCUUGUACGUGAUAUUACAACAGAAAUGAGAAGUACACUGGAAAAAAAUCGAGAAGAACAACUACAGCUGAUUCAAGCUAUAAAUCAUCGUUAA